GAUGUCCCCAGGUGGAGUUUGACCUGGGGACGUACCAGAGCAGCACCCUGAUGAAGAGACACCUGAUGGGGAACGUGACCCAGCGGGGGGGCUCCUCGCGGCUGGGGAAGACGCUGGACUUCACCCUGAAGGAGGUGCUGAUGAAGGCCGGCCAGCCCCGGAGGAAGAGGGCGCUGCUGGCCGUGGUGGGCACCAAGACCGCCUCCGAGGACCGGGUCCGGCUGGACUGGGUGUCCUCUAGAGCGUCCUGUGACGGGGUGGCGGUGUUCGUGGUGACGGUGGGCGAGCGCUACGACCGGGCCCAGGUGGAGCAGCUGGCCGGUCACCCCGUAAACCAGCACCUGGUCCACCUGGACCGGCUGAAGGCCGGCGAGCAGAGCUACGCCCAGCGCUUCUUCAGAGUCUUCCUCUCCGCCCUCAGCAAGGGAAUCAACGCGUAUCCUCCUCCUUCAUUUAAAAAAGAGUGCGACAGCUUGGUGGAACCAGAUGAUAUGCCGGUCUGGGACUAUAGCGGUCCACCGGGCUUCGACGAUGGGUAACUCACAUUUUAUUCAUACACAACCUUACAAGGAACCAAUUAAAAAGAAUUACAAUGAUUCUGUCACGCUUAACCUUUCCUGCAGGAAUCCAGGAAGCAUUAAUUGUAGUAAA